AUGGGUUUCCCAGUGACCAAACAGGAUAUCGAGGAACAUUUCAGUACCCAUGGCUCUGGAAAGAUCACAGAGAUCAAGCUUAUGAACGGCUUUGGAUUUAUCGAAUACGAGGAUGCCAUGGAUGCUAGAGAUGUUGUUCCAGCAUUCCAUGGCAGUGACUUUAAGGGCGAACGGCUCACCGUGCAAUUUGCACGUGGACCACGUCGUAAGGAGAACUUCCCUCCUGGCCCAAUGGACCGCCCUUCUAUGCCUCGUCCUCGCCGCACGAUUUUUCGUAUGAUGGUUUCUGGACUCCCGACAGAAACAAGUUGGCAGGAUCUCAAAGACUUCGCGCGUCAAUCUGGCCUUGAUGUUGUUUACUCAGAAACCGGUCGUGAACCUGGUAGAGGGUUUGUUGAGUUCGAAACUGCGAACGACCUCAAAACAGCCGUUGAGAAACUCGAUGGAAGAGAUUUCAAGGGCUCUAGAAUCCAAUCGUUCGAUGACCGUACUUUCCGUGAUCCCUACCGGUCUCGGUCUCCUCGUCGGAGCUACCCCCCGGUAGAAGAAUACGACCGGAGAUUCCCGGCUCCUCGUGGUUACAGCCCCCGUGCUCAUUACCGGGAGCGUUCUCCCAUCCCAAUGCGCCGGGACUAUUAUGACCGUGAUGGCUACGGCCGUCGAACCCCCCCGCGACCUCGGAUUGAAGACUACCCUGCUUCGCGUCGUCCGUAUGAUGAUCCUUAUGAUGUCCGCCCGCCGCCGCCGCCCCGUUAUGAUGAUCCAUACAUUCCGCCAAGGCCUUACGGACGUCCUCGGACUCCUCCACGGGGUGAAUAUGUUCCCUAUGAGCGCCGUGGAUACUGGUGA